AUGAAGCUUUCCGUUCUAGCUACCAUAAUUACCUUAGCUACCGCACAGUGGUACCCCUUGGGACGAGAUGGUGAGAUUCCUUUGGCAAUAAGCCCUUAUACAGUGGGUGAAGAAGUCUUAAUUGACUGUAUUGCCCGUAACAUCGACAAUGGUGAACACAAGUUCGAUGAUCAAGAGAGAAUCAUAUAUAGUUCCUUUCCCAUCUGCAAAGAAACAGGGAAGCCAUUGAGUUUCAAAUACGGAAUCAGUGAGGACAAGAACUGUACCAUAGGAUUUACUGAUCAGUUGUACCAUUUAUUCCAAUUAUACAUUCAUGAAGAUGUACCAUUCAGUUGCAGAUUACCUUUGAGUAAGGAACCUAACUCCAUUGAAAAAGGUGGAGCAUUCAUUCCAUUGACCUUCAACUUCAGAGGUGAAAUCCACGAUUCACACUUGGACGUUGAUUCGUCACUCAAUGUCUUGUUCUCCAAACCAACCUCCAAAAGGCCAGAGGAGAACACAUUUAUCAGUGCAGUUGCAUUCUCAUCUGGUACAAAUGCUACAAGAAUUGUGAUCGGGGAUUCCUUAACUCUUAAUUUGGCUGUCAGAUGGUACGACAACUUAGCUAACACCAAUUCUUUGUCCAAGAAUUAUCAAGGCCUUUUACCAUACGCUGAUGGAUUCUACAAACUACCAAUAAAUUUCGUUCCUAUCAGUUAUUCUUCAUUCUAUAUCAUCAUUCUCCUAGUGGCUUUAACUGCAGGUUCAUUGAGCUGGAUUUUAUCUAAUUUCUACCCAAAGAAGUUGAAGGGAUAUAAACCAGUCGAUGCAGAAACCGGGUUUAGCAAGCUUGAUUAA